AUGAAGGUGAGGACCACUUCCAGGGAUGCGCUGCUGGUCGGUAAGGUCCAUCGGCGCUGGGAGAUGGCAGCGAAUACGGGUAAGGCUAAAGCAUUGGUGAUCAAGAGUGGCGUCCUCGCGUGGCAGGUUGGCGAUGAUUGCAUCGUGGGGAAGACAAAUAUCGCUGAUGGUAUGCAGCAUGAGGUCUCGGUCCUGUACAAGGCGGACCAGGGCAUGUACAUACUCAGGGUCGACGGCAAAGUGGAAGCCAGGGGGCUAAGCAGCGUCCCAGACAAUCCAGACACCAACCUCGUCCUUGGCACCGCGAGCGCGCCAAGAGACGACACGUUCAACGAACUCUACGCAGUUUUUGAAGACUUGCGCAGCCUCGGCGUCGGGGUGCUUCAGCUGGAGGAGCGGAGAGAGGAGCCUCUGUUCGAAGGUGAUAUCGACCAGCUCACCUGGAAAGAGCUGCAGUGGAACAAGAGUCGUCGCAAAAAGGCUUGGGUUGCGUAUGACCUGCACAUCGGCACUAUGGAAUCGACGAGGCAGAGAACUUCGAAUCCGACGGCCAGCACCAAAAGUCAGUCUGGGUCAGAAGCGCGGUCGGCCCUCAGCACGUCCUCACAGGCGUUCCACAAGGGCCAGGAUGUGGAGUACUGGUCGAAGACCAUGCAGGCAUGGCUUCCGGCCAAGAUCGUCGAUUCCAGGGAGAAGUACUUCGAUAACAACCUCAGGUUCGACGUGUUCGACUACGACGUCUAUGUGGGCACUGCCGAGCAGACUGUGCCUGGCGUGGAGAUAAAGGACUUGCGCAUUCCGUUCGUGGAAGGCGACGCAGUGAGUGUCUAUUCCCACAGACAUGGGCGGUGGUUCCCUGCCCGGAUACACAGAUCGAGGGACGGUGAUCCGAAGCAAGGGUACGAUGUCACCCUGGAGGAUGAACUCGCCGACGACCAGGAAACGUAUGUCAAAUCGGCUUUGCAAAGAGACCUGGAGAAGCACAGGAGAGAGAGAGGAAGCGGGAGCUGGGCCGGAUCGGGCUCUGGCGACGCGCCCGCGCCCAUACUGAAGAACCUGCCGGCCAAGCGCCUGAGGAGGCGCUACAACGGGGGCGACCGCGUCCGUCUCUACAAGGGUGCCGACGCAGGCUUCGUCCCUGCCGAGGUGGUUCGUGAAGAGGCGGAGGAUGAGCCACGCCCCGGGCGAGGAUCCCCCAGCCCCAGCAGGGCCGCCCGCGGCGGGAGCCCGAGCCCCGCGGGGGGGCGCGGGAGGUCUCCGGGUGCAGAGCCUCCCGCCCGCGGGAGGUCGCUCAGCUCGGGGAGCGGCGGCGGGGGCGCACGGCGCGACGCCGGCGAUCGGCGUUUCGCGAUGGUCCUCGUGAGGGUCACGGACUCCGAGCGCGAUACCAUGGCCACGGUGUCGGAGUGCCUGCUGCGCCCGGGGCCAGCGUCGACUACUCCCAGCGUGGGUCGGGACGCCGAUUCGCGAGGGUCGCCUGUGCGGCCUGGACUUGGCGGCGGAAGAGCUGGAAGAGGCACUUUCGCUGUCUGA